UUAGAUUCAUGUAGAAUAUAUGACGCAGAAAGCCACAAAGUAGGGCGCGACGAGCUAUUCAAUAAUACGAAGAGGCACUUUCUCAACAAAUCGAAAGCAAUUUAGAGUUAAGGCUUGGUCUUGUAUCACGGACAUAUAAUUGUUUUAAAAGCGGUCUUGUUUUGCUGUCUAUUGCGUUUUGAGCGGUUGCUUAGCUUGUAAUGUCUUUUGAGUACGACAAAGAGUAAUGUUGCCUAAUGUCGUAACCUCUUUAAGACCUAUACAGGCCGAUCGAUUCUUGCAGGAAUCAUUUGGAAAACCUCCCGUUUCAUGCCGGGGCUCAUCAGUGGAUUAUUCAAGAUAGGUUGGACAUAGUUUAUCGAUUGUGACGUAGCUGCGCUUGUAAUAUUGACAGUGACUUCAGCAUAAACUGCUGUGCUUGUUCAGACAGUUUAGUGUUGGAAAGAUCUGCACAGAAAAGGAGUGGUUUUUGAAACCUGGCAACCGAAGAGGCAGUACAUGGAUGGAUCCACGUUUGGAAUCAGGAAAGUGUCAGGAAUCCGCAGCUGGCAGAGCGAUGAUCGUCGUGAUUAGCAUAUUAAAAGGAGCAGAUUUGGGUUAGGCGAUAAUACCAGAGUAGAAGAUCGGCCUCAUUCCAGGCAAACGGCCAUUUGGAACUGAAACUGCAAAUUAAUAUUUUGGUCUGAUUGGUAUAAAUGUGUUUUCGACACCUGGAACGGCAAUCUUCAGCUUGUUUCUGCAUACGGGAUUGUUAGGCCCAUUAUAUUUAAGCUAUCGUUUCUUUUUGGCGAUGACUCGCAAGGUAAGCUACACUACUUAAAAAUCUUGAGAGAGUUCAAAAAACAUUCCACGAUGUCAGCCAUUAGUAAGGCGUGUGCGGAGCUGACAAAUAGUAUUAAAGGUUUAAGGUUGCCAACUACAAAAAGACAGGAAAACCUCCACCCGACCCGGAAUCCAGGGUGUAGCAGUGGAAUCGGCAGUGUUGGUGGUCUUCUCCCACAGAGAAUGACCUCUGCGUCAAAUGGCCAUUCACCGGGUCUCCCAAAGGCGACCAAACUGAAGAUUUUGCACAUAAAUGGGAAUAUUCAUGCUGUGAAACAUGCGAAAGAUUUAUGGCUGGAUGAUCGAUUUUUAAGUCAAUUCUUCUUCUAUUUUUUACCCAGUGAGAGACUUGUGUUAGCACAGGUAUGUAAAAAAUGGCGAGACCUUCUGUACCAAGCUCAGUUUUGGCAAGGGGUGACAGCCGUGGUAAAAAGUCGAGACUGGAAGGAAGAAGACAAGAUGAAGAAAUUCUACCACAGCCUCCAGAAAAGAGGCUUUGAUUCUUUAUGCCUGGAGGGGGCAGCCGAUAAAGACCUGAGUGAUAUGUUUGCCAACUACCCGGCAUGCAGAAAACACAUUCGUUCGGUCAGUUUACGCUAUUCCAAUGUCACAGACUCUGGCCUGGAGCUGAUGUUCCAGCGCAUGCAGUGCAUCUACAAACUGGAGCUUUCUGGUUGUAACGAAAUCACUGAAGCAGGUCUCUGGGCGUGCUUGAACCCCAAAAUUGUAUCCCUGACUGUCAGUGACUGUAUAAACGUCGCCGAUGACACCGUAGGUGCCAUUUCUCAGCUUUUGCCUUCUUUGCAUGAACUUGAUCUUCAAGCCUAUCAUGUGACGGACGCGGCAUUGUCGUUCUUCAGUUCAAAACAAAGUAACACAUUAACUGCACUGAAGCUCAAGUCGUGUUGGGAGAUAACGAACCAUGGGAUUGUAAAUGUCGUUCACUCUCUUCCCAACCUGACAGUGCUCAGUCUCCAGGGCUGCAGCAAGAUUACAGAUGACGGGGUCGAGAUAAUAGCAGAAAACCUACGGAAAUUACGCGUGCUUGAUCUGUCCUGGUGUCCCCGAGUGACUGACGCCUCCCUGGAAUACAUCGCCUGCGAUCUGUGUCUCCUGGAGGAAUUAACCCUAGACAGGUGUCAGCACGUGACAGACAUUGGAGUGGGCUACCUCUCCACGAUGACGUCACUGGCUAAGCUCUACCUGCGAUGGUGCACUCAGGUGCGAGACUUUGGACUUCAACACCUGUACACGAUGAAAAGUUUACGGAUGUUAUCUGUGGCAGGUUGCAGUCAGCUGACUCCAAGUGGCAUCAUGGGACUUGUUCAGAUGCGCCAUCUGGAGGAACUGGAGGUGACCAACUGCCAGGGCGCGAGACAAGAUGUUUACAAAUACCUCAAAGAAAAUUUGCCGAAAUGUGUGAUCAUUCCGUAGAUGUAUUGGACUUGAAUUGCAAAAACAAGAAUAAAUGUACUGGCCCUUUUUAGAAAUACUGUUCCUAUAACGGAAAAUGAUAAAAAACAAUGAAACAUUUUAUUUGACUUGAACAAUUAUACUUUUCACACAGACAUGCGAUUUUCUUUUUCUUGAAAACGUAAAAGCGCCUAUAUCGAACAAUUAGAACAUUAAUACCUUAUAUAUUACAUCUGUUUUAUUGAUUUGGAAGUUUCGUGGCGUAUAAUGUAAUUGCAUACUGUUAAACGUCUAAUAGAUGGCAGCUUUUUGAUAAUGCAUGGAUGUUACAUAUAAGAUAUUCGUUUAUUAAACAUCUUGCCGUAUA